AUGGACCCCAGACACACGCUCUACAAAACUUUAGAAACACUUGCUGUCGACCCGGAAGAUACGAUGAGUGCACCGACGGAUCAGCAGGCGGCGCCGUCUUCGGGCGUUACGCCCGAGGGCAUUGAGAAGAAGUUGAAGGAGGGAUUGGGCGCAGUGUAUGUGGAGAUUGCGGAUUUGAGUGGCGGGUGCGGCCAAAUGUACGAAGCCAUCAUCGUAUCACCACAAUUCACCAAGAAGACAACACUAGCACGCCACCGCCUCGUCAACUCCACACUCAAGGACGAAAUCGCCGCAAUACAUGCGUGGACGCCAAAGUGCCAUACACCGGAAGAGUGGGAGAAGAAGAAGCCGCAAUGA